AUGUUACAGUGCUGCGGCGUUGGAGGUGGAGGGGCAUCGACGGGGCCCCAGCCGCCACAACUGCAGGGGACCAACACAAGAACCACCAUCAUGCAAGACCCCGUCCUUGAAACUAUUCUCGAGCAAAUGCGAGAGGCCGAGGCCCGCAGAGCAGAAUUGGAGAGGCAACAUGCGGAGACGCAGGCGCAGUUACGUGACAAGUUAGCUGGCCGGUAUCCAGGACCAGAGUCUGUUGAAGCACUGCAAUCGAAGAUUAGGGAACUCGAAAAGAAAACAGAACUCCAGAUGGUUAGACACGAAGAACUGUCCCUAGAGCUGACCAGCUUGAGACGGGCACGUAGCAGAGGACCGGCUGCUAGCAACGUGACUUCAACAGUCCCUAUGUCCACGUGGCCCCCUGCUGGUUCUGAAAUUGAUCGAAUUAUUGCCAAAAUUGAACAGGACAACAGCUUAAGUAAAACCAGUGCCAGUAGGAUUCUGCACGAGUUGGAUCAUUCGAGGAGCAACGUGACAACUCAACAGCCUUCUGGUUCCCAAAGUAUAUUACGUUCAAGUUCAGAAAAUCUUCCCAACUUGGGGCAACAUCAGCACCCUCCACAUCCGCAUGCAUUAAACCUUGGUCUACCGUCACAAACAUCACACUACGCUGGCUCUCCGAUGCCAUUAACGCCAAUGAUGCCUGGCUGUCCACCGUUAACACCAAAUGGUCCACCGUACCACUACAGCGAGCCGAUUCCACCUGCACCAUCUCUUUCAACUAGCCAAUCACAGCCUGCGUUUCAGCAGAAGCUACAACAAUAUCAGCAACAACAACAGCAACAGCAGCACGAACUAUCAAGCUCGCACUCACAAGGCACCCUACCGUCUCAACAAAAACAACUACAAACACACACGCAGUUUUCCGGCAGUCAAUAUCAAGAAAGUUAUCCACAUACACAAACGUACCAACAACCAAUACAGCAACAACAACAUCCUGUUUCAACUUCGUACUUAACUUCUGCUACCGGAGGUCAGAAUGUCAUGCCUCAUUAUACGCAACCGAGUCAGACAAAUCAAGGCUAUCAACUCAACGGUAGUCAACAGCAGACAACAUACCCAACGCUGUCCAUGACUUCUCAUCCCAAUGGAACUUACAACUCUGUAACAACCAGUUAUGCAUCGCAACUGACUCAUCACAACUAUUCUGGUCCACAUACAAGUAUCCCCCAGACAACACUUUCUUCUCUUCCACCAUAUUCGACAACAACACCUGCCUAUCACUCAACAUUGGGUACCUUGACUAGCUCCUCACAAAAUAUGCUUCCUUUUUCAACUGGGCAGAGCACGUUUUCGACUGCUGGUUCUAACUACUCUACAGUUGGAACAAAUGCAUACGGCACGUCAGGAGUGAACACAGGUCCUACUUCAAGUGGCUUGUUACAAGCUAUAGGAGAUCCCCUCCAAGCUAUGCAACAGUUGUCAGCGCAGUCACAAGCUAGCCAACUCCAACAACAAGCUAUUAUACAUCAAAUUCAACAGAGCUUGCGAGCCAGCUCGCCAACCGCCACUGGAUCAACUGGUCACCACUUUUUGGGACCGAGACAAAUGCCAAAAAUCCCAACAGGCAUUUUAUCCAAUCCAAUGGAUCGUCUGACUAAUGACAAUAUGGUGUCUGAAGGACAAGUGGACAUGUUAGAUAUUCCUGGAAAAGGCAGGUGUUAUGUUUACAUCGCACGGUUCAGCUACGAACCUUUCCAGCAUUCGCCUAAUGAAAACCCUGAAGCUGAGUUGCCUGUACAAGGCGGAGAUUAUCUUUUGGUAUGGGGACAGCCUGACGACGAUGGUUUUCUUGAUGCAGAGACGCUAGAUGGUCGACGAGGCCUCGUACCAGCAAAUUUCGUUCAAAAAUUGGUAGGAGAUGAUCUCUUAGAAUUUCAUCAAGCUGUUCUGGGACUCAGAGAUGUUGAUGAUGCCGCUUCCACUAAUAUACCGCAAUGUUACCUGCAGGACAUUGACUUGGAGUUAGCAGCACUAGAAGAGGGCAACCGUAACCGUCAAGCAGAAUUAUCUGCCUAUGCAGAGCUGGACAAUAUUGCUGAUGAAGAUGAACAAGAGCCACCAGAAGUCUACCUGUUUUCGGACCUAGUACCGGCGCCACAACACCUCACCCUUGAACGUCAGCUGAACAAGAGUGUGCUGAUUGGUUGGACUGCGCCGCAAGAGAAUUCUCAUCACCUCGAGUCAUACCAUGUCUACGUAGAUGGAGUCCUUAAGGUCACUGUCAAAGCUACUGAGAGAACUAGAGCAUUGGUCGAAGGAGUUGAUUCCACAAGGCCACACAGGAUAAGUGUUCGAUCUGUAACACACUCUCGGCGGACGUCGCGGGAUGCUGCAUGUACUAUGGUGAUUGGUAAAGACGUUGCUAUGGGACCGACUGCAGUUAAGGCGUCAAACGUUACUGCAACUAGUGCCGUCAUUUCAUGGUUACCAAGCAACAGUAAUCAUCAGCAUGUCGUUUGCGUCAAUAAUGUUGAAGUUAGAACUGUGAAACCUGGAGUCUACCGUCACACAAUAACUGGCCUAGCUCCAUCCACAAUAUACAGAGUAACUGUUAAGGCAAAGAACUUGAGGGCUACACACUUUGAAGACCAGAAUACACAGUCAGCUAAUGCAUUGGCCUGUCACGUCCACUUCAAGACUCUGCCUAAGGGACUGCCUGAUCCUCCGGUCGAUAUACAGGUGGAGGCAGGACCGCAGGACGGCACUUUGCUAGUGACCUGGCAGCCUGUUGCCCUAAACGGUUCGGCCGUCACCGGUUAUGCGGUUUACGCGGAUGGUAAAAAAGUUACAGACGUUGACAGUCCAACUGGAGAUCACGCUUUGAUUGACAUACACAAAUUGAUGGGUCUCAACCCUAAACAUGUAACAGUGAGAACAAAAAGUAGAGAAAGUCAGUCUGGAGACAGUUGUGCAACUGCGAUUCCGUGUAGCGUUCUCAGAGGAGGCCCCCAUUUGCAUGGCCCUCACGGGCCUGACCUCAACCAGCAACAAAUAGCCAACCAAGAAGACCCUAACCGUAGAGUUACAAAUAUGAAUCAACGUUAUCCGAGUGCACCUGUACCUCCACAUAUGAGGAGGCACGGCACAACCAGGGUGGAUUCACAUGGUCAAGUAGUUAUCGAGACUGACGAAAAUCUCUCGGAUAAAGAAAUAUAUCCUGGGCAGAGUAUACCGCAGAUAGGUGUUCCAGAAAUCACAAAAGAUUCAGCUAGUGAAGCAAAUUAUAGCGAGGAAGAAGAUCCGUCUCGAAGAGGAAGAAAUAUGCCUCCACAUCACGGCCAUCACAGAUACAAUAAUCCAGGGAUUCCUGCUGGACCAACUCACAGAGGGGGUAGACCUACCGGAGGCCCUAGACCUCAGGAUCCAUACUACGAUCAAUCAGCAGGUAACCAAAGGGGAAGGGGUCCAGUGUAUCGAAGUGGACGAGGAGCAAGUCAGGCUCAAGGUGGAGGUGCUGGUGGACCACAUCACGCGCCUACUGGGGCUCAGCAAAUUAACAAACGGACCAGGUGGUUUGUAGCUCUAUUUGACUAUGAUCCUACUACAAUGUCGCCAAACCCUGAUGCCUGCGAAGAAGAGUUACCUUUCAGCGAGGGUGAAACAAUCAAGGUUUAUGGGGAAAAAGAUGGUGAUGGAUUUUAUUGGGGUGAGUGUAGAGGCCGAAGAGGUUAUGUACCCCACAAUAUGGUCGAAGAAUUGAAGGAUCAAGGUCCAAAUUCAGGCGUUGCUGUUCGGCGAACUGGCCAAGGUUGUGGUCAGGGAGACAGGUGGGGUGAUAUAUACGCCAAUAUGCCUGUAAAGAAGAUGAUCGCCCUUUAUGACUAUGACCCUCAAGAACUUUCGCCAAAUGUUGACGCUGAGCAAGUGGAACUGAGCUUUCAAACUGGCAAUGAGAUCUAUGUCUAUGGGGAAAUGGAUGAUGAUGGAUUCUAUAUGGGCGAACUGGAUGGAGUACGUGGACUAGUUCCCAGUAACUUCCUCACAGAAGCACCUGGUCAAGCACAAACCCAAGGCCAAGGCCAGGGUCAACAGCCUCCUGGCAGUAGAAGAGCUCCCGGGCAAGGUCAAGGUCCAGGUGCACGAGGUCCGCCACCUCCUCCUAGGGAACCUCCUCCACCUGGCCAUCGUCGCCCAAAAGAUGCGUCUGCCUGCAUUGUGCCUGUGUCUGUCCCUGUCUGUCACUUAGACUCUAGACAACAACAACAACAACAACUACCACCACUAAUGAACAACCAACACCAACAAAACAAUCCACCACCGCAUCUAGCCUAUCAACAAGCGAACAACCACAGCUACACGACUGUAACCACGUCUAAUCAGCACGGACCUAAUCACCCACCCCCUGGGGGUGUCAUGGGCUCCCAUAACCCCCAUCAGGUGGGCCAAGGGUCUGUCCCACCCCACCUUCAGCAGCAGGGGAGGGGGAGAGGCGUGGGCAAUCGAGUCGUUGGUAGUAAUGCAGCGGGGGUUCUUCAAGGUCCACCACCGCACUUGCAGCAAAAUGAAUAUCCGACACAGCAGCAACAGCAGCAGCAACACCAACAACAGCAACAGCAACAACAAGGACCUAGUCAACAGUAUUCCCAACAAAAUCCUCAAAACCAAAACUACAGUCAACCAAAUCAAGGCUAUCAACAAAACCAAGGCUACAGCCAACAGAACCAAAACUUCAAUCCACAGAAUCAACAAUUUCCACAGCCAAACCAAGGAUACCAACAAAAUCAGGGAUACGGGCAAAUGAACCAACAGUAUUCGCAACAAAACCAGAGCUCGUCCAUCUCAGGACCUCAAGGCACUAGUAAACCUAUGCGAGGUAUACCAACCGUUAUACCUACUGCCCAAAGUAAGACUCAGGCUGAUGGUCAAGCUCAACAACCAGCCCCAGCUGCUGGACCAAAUCUAAUGCAAAAAUUCACAGAAAUGGCAGGGGCUAGUGCAGGUGGAGAUAUAUUGUCGAAAGGCAAGGAACUUAUCUUCAUGAAGUUCGGGUUGGGGAAGUUAGCCAAAAUUCCGGUCCCCACAAGAAAACGAGAAGGCGCCCAGCACACAGGCGGCAGGAACCAACCUACUGACGAAGAACCAUCGUCGGCUAGCAAAAUGAAUAAUAAGAGAAAGAACCGUACAAAUCCAACCAGGUCCCCGCGGGCUCGGGGCCCGCCUGAGAGAUCCAUUACUGCGGAAGGGGUAUACAACAAUGCUCACUUUAUGCAUGCCAUAACUAGCCAUGUUGGUAACAUUGUACAGGUUCAAACUCAAAAUGGCUCCGUGUACGAAGGUGUAUUCCGCACAUUCUCCAGUCAGUUUGAUGUUGUUUUAGAAAUGGCACAUCGCAUUGAUAUUGGUGGAAAAAUUAUAGUAGACAGUGUAGUGGAGAAAUUGAUUUUUAAACCUCAAGACAUUAUUACCAUGUCUGCUAAGGAUGUGGACUUGGAUUAUGCAAUUAGGGAUACUUUCCAAACAGAUACUGCCAUUAGCAAAUUCAACGGCAUGAUAGGCGAAAAAGAGUUGGAACCCUGGGAAGCACCUUCUGCCAUAAACGGAGAUGACUUAGAAUUAGAUGGGGCUGCGAAUGGAUGGGAUGUCGAUGAAAUGUUUCGUAAAAAUGAGCAGAUAUACGGUGUGCAAUCAACAUUUGAACCGUCGCUGGCAGGUUAUACUCUCCAACUGCAACGCAAAGAUACCAAAGAAUUCAAGGAUCAGGAGCAAAAGGCAGCUGAGAUUGCUAAUGAAAUCGAAGCUCAACCAAACCAUAAAGCUCGAUUAGAUCUUGAAAACGGCGAUGAAGAGGAAAGAUUUGCAUCCGUGGUAAGGCCCAACGAAGGCAAAUACGUACCGCCUCCAAAGAGGAAAAAUGGAAACGCAGGAAAGCUCAUGCGUUCUACACCACCGCCCCCGUCGCCAGGGGCUGCAACUAACAAAACUGUAUAUACGCAACCACCGCCUACAGCCGUUGGUGUGAACAUUGCUCAAACAACAAACAUUCCAGUGGGAAUCCAAACGACCCACACUCAAGUACCACAUCCAGUUCCUAUAAAUAUGGCCAUACCAACUAGUAGGAUUGUUGUCACAUACAAUACUCCGCCACCAUUUGUACCACCUUCUACAACGCAGACUUUACCGCCAGUUGCUGCUGUUCAAGUGAUGCCACCAGCACAACCGCAGCCGUCCGUUGCGCCUGCCAUUCCUCAGCAAGUGGCUAUUACUCAGCAGCAGCAGCAGCAGCAGCAGCAGCAGCAGCAGCAGCAGCAGCAGCAACAACAACAACAACAACAACAACAACAACAACAACAUCAACAGCAACAACAGCAGCAACAACAGCAGCAACAACAACAACAACAACAACAACAGCAGCAGCAGCAGCAGCAGCAGCAACCUUCAAAUAAGAUAAACUCAGAGAAACGUGACAGACCUGGAAGACAACAAGUUUAUCAGGCUGAUAAAGCUCCUCCAGCUCCAUUUCCACAACCUAACAUUACCCUUUCACAUCCACAGCAUUCACCACUAACACAACAGAACUCGGUCGAAGGUCAGCGUUGUGAAAUACUGCAACAAAAAUCAGAACAUAGAAAGGUACCUACUCCUCGUGGGAGAGAAGAACAACACUCGGAGCUGAGACAAUUUGCAACAGACUUUAAAUUACCCGAACCCUCUGUCCAAGAGCCAUCACCUCAUUCUAGGAAGCAACAUCAGCAGGAGCAAAUACAGCAACAACCAGCUCAAGUACAGCAUCAUCAACAAAGUCAUCAGCAAUCGCACUCUCAAUCUCCUCAUCAGCAGCCACAACAGCAACAGCAACAGCAGCAGCAACAUUCAUUACCACAUCCACAACAUCAACAACCAACAGAGGAACCCGUUGUUACCAGUAAACCACCUCCGGGACCACAACCUGUGCGAUCAAAUAGUCCUCCUCCUCUGCAACUGCAGCCACCACAACAAAUCCAACAACAAACUACAUCUCCCACGCAACAACCAGAACCUGCAGUUGAAAAAAUCACUACAGCCUUCAAGAAAUCUACAUUAAAUCCAAACGCUAAAGAAUUUAAUCCAAAUGCAAAACCGUUUACACCUCGCUCGCCAAGUACUCCUACACCUAGCCGACCACAUACACCUCAAACUCCUCAGUAUACCGGUGCUACAAUGCAAACAGUCGUCAUGCCUGCAACAGCAUAUGUUAUGACUAGUCAACCCCCAACUGCAUUCACUCAGCAACAAGCUCAACCUGCGGCUAGAUUCCGGAAGGGUCAGUAUCUAGUCCCAAUGAUACCACAUCGUGGUCCAGAUAUUGCAUCACAGAUGCAGGUUGCAGCUGCCACUGGUCAACCGUUACUCGCACCUGCCCCGCUGCACCCACCUUUUCAAGUCCAAUACCCUGGUCAACCAGCCUAUCAACAAAUGGUGCGGAUGGUUCAAGCUCCCCCUCCACCACCGCAUAUGACGUCACCGUAUCAUCAUCACCACGAAUCUUCGGGUCCACAACCACAAGGAAUACAAUACAUGGGUCCACAUCCACACCACCCGCAUGUAACACAACAACAGCCUAGCCAGACACCCUCGCCUGCUAAUCCUAAUCCUCCUCACACCCCUGGAGCUUACAAUCCUCCAGGCACACCACAGCCUGCCUAUCCUCAGCCUCCACCACAAGGCCAUGCCCCAAGCUAUCCAAUAAUGUGUCCAUUAAUUCCUCCUCACAUGAUACCCCCACAGCACAUGCAAUAUUUGCCUCCUCAGCCUCCGCCAGGAACUCAAACUACUAUACCUGUCAUGCUGCCUCACAAUCAGUAGUUUUGCAAAUACACAAACAGAGAAUCGUUAUUCUAAGAAAAAAUGUAAAGUGUUUUAAAUUUUAAGUUACUUUCAUAAUAGCGUUGGAUUUUCGCCUCCAGCUUAGCUGCCAAUGCAAAAAUUAACUUAUCAAAGCCACAGAGUCCUGAUGCGUACGUGCCAUUUGUAUUAUCUGUUAACAUUAUUGUGUUAAAUUUUUUUUUAAUUUCUUCAAUCAGUGUUAAAAUUAAAAUAUAUCAGUAUGCCAGAUCUCGCGUUAGGAGGGAAUAUAUGUUUGUAUCCGUUCCUGCCUGCACAAUUACGCGUAUGUAUUACAGUAUGAGAAAGAACAAAUGGACUUUCAGUAGUAGAGUUAAACACCAGUUGUUUUAGAAUUUGAAAGGUUAAGGAACAGAUGAACCUAUCCACAGAAGUCUUGAACAUGGUCUUUCAUCGGUCAAAUAAGGAAUCUUUAAGGAGUGAAAUAGUUGUUUUUUCUUUUGUUUUGUUUUUUUUUUUUUUUUUAAUAUAUAUAUAUGUACAAUUUUCAAGCACUCUGUGGUAAUAGAAAACUUGUCUUGCACUUGAAUGACUAGAAACUAAUGCUGUUUUGAAGGUGGCUAAGACAAAUAAGAACAUUUCUGCAAGAGGCCCGUAACGCAUCCCUCUACAUAACAUUGUCAUGCGUAUCAUGUGAGUUGUUGGAUAUUGUAUGGCAAUAAAUUAGUCAUUAUGUCCUAAAUAGAGUUACAUUUUUUAAGAUGUUUUAUGCACGGAUAGACAAGACCGACGUACGUGACUGUAAAAAUAACUUCGUCCGUAAUGGCAGACGCUAGAAUCUAAAAUAGAGGCAAAAUUGGGAGUUUAUAGCCUCGUUAAUAAGCUUAAGUUGCACCAUCAUCAUCUUAGUAGAUCGAGGCUAAUUGAACAAUGAUAUUGACUUGAAAUAAUUAAAAUUCUUUGAAUUUUUUGAGUAAUGUUUAGAUCGUGUUACAAAAAAAUCUUUGGUAUAUCAAAAACAUAACUGCAAUGAGAAUAGACGUACAGUACGGAUAAAAUGAUAACUUUGGAGAAUCUAAUAUAUAUUCACUAGAACUGGAUAUUUUAAAAAAAUUUGUUACAGGGGGGAAGGAGGGAGGCCUUUUAUUUUAAAGUAUCUUCUGGAAAGAUGGUAAACCUAAAUUUUUCAAAUAAGCUAUAUUUUUGUGCUCAUGCUUAGACUCAAAAUACAAUAUUUACUAGAAAUACAACAUGAGAGCAGAGCCUGAAUAAUAGUAAAUUUUGAAAAAUUGCCUAAACCCUCAAAUGAAUCUUCUAUAUUGCAAUAUUGAACAGCUCUGCACAUUGGCGUACACAAAAUGGCUAAGCAAAGAGUUUUUUAAACUCUGUAGUUUGUUACGCUAAUUUUUGUUAUUAAAUACUUUUUAUGAGAAGGACUUUGAAACGACGGGAUAUCCAAUUAUCUCUGGACCCAUUCUUGAGAUGUGUAAUUACAUAAUUUUUCAUGUGAUAUGGCGAGAGAGAGUCUGUCACAAGUGGUACACUGUUGUUACAAUAUUUGAAUUCUUUAACAUAAUUUCACCUUUCGAUGUAUGUCGAAUGUAAUUUGAGAUCACUACUUGGUUUUUAAAAAUGAAAUUCUAGCUGCCAAAGUGUUGAAGAACCAAAAUACGCCUAACAAUUGUGUGUGCAAAUCUGAAUCUUUAAUUCUAUUAUUAAGAUUGGAGUAUUAUCAUGAUUCAUAUUACAUCAUCAAAAUGUUUAUGCAAAUCAGUGUAUGUCUGGCACGAUAUGAAAUCUCCCAAUAUGAAAGAAACUGCAAUUUUUAUUUCAUAAUAUUGAAAAAAACAAAACGGAACCACUUGUGCCGGUGAUGAUAAGGAUUUCAGAAGAACAGAACAACUACACCCUAGUCGUGUAAAUAUGAAAAAAACAAACAGACAGAGGAGUAAUCAUUGUUUAUGUAUAAAAAACGAUUUAAAA